AUGCCUCUCGACACUACGAACCCAGCAACUCUCAUGAGCGGUCGCUUCCGCAGAGAUCAAAUCCCGCCUCUGAAGGGCCGCACUGCCGUCGUGACAGGCGGCAGCGCGGGCAUCGGCUACUACGCCGCGCUCAACCUUGCGCGGGCGGGCGCCAAGGUGCACAUCUUGUCCUCCACGCCCGAGCACGGCAUGAAGGCCGAGCACGAGAUGAACGAGGAGGCGAAGAUGGCCGGCGGAUCCGUCACGUUCCACCAGGUUGACUUCGGGGACCUGAGGCAGGUCGAUCAGGUCGCGAAAGAGCUUGCGAAGGAGGACCGGCUGGAUAUCCUGAUCAACAACGCCGGAGUGGGCCAAGGGCCGCACGGGUUCACGAAGGACGGGCUGGAGUCGCAUUUCCAGGUCAACAACCUCGCGCACUGGCUUCUGACCGUGCGUCUGCUGCCGCUGAUGCAGAAGACGGUGUCGAUCGCGCCCCCGGCGUCCGUGCGCAUCUGUGAUCAAUCCUCGGAGCUGCAUCGCGCCGCCCCGCCGGAUACGCAGUUCGCGAGCAAGGAGGAGAUCCAGGAGAAGCGCGACCCCAACCGGCUGUACGGCCGGUCGAAGCUUGGCAUGAUCCUCCUCGGACGUCAAAUCAUCAAACGAUACCCCGCCGUGCGAGACAACAUCCUCGUUACGGCGGUCCACCCUGGCACGGUCGACACCGACCUCCAGGAAGGGUGGGCGGAGACGUACGGCGUCGCGGGCAAGAUCGCGGACGUCGUGAUGCGGAAGGUGGGCAAGUCCGCGGAGGAGGGCGCCGAGGCAUGUCUGUGGGCGGCGACCAGCACCGACAUCACGCCAGAAAACUUUAAGGAGUUCCAGGGCAACUAUUAUUCGGAGCCCUAUGGAAAGCCCGGGACGGAGACGGACCAGGCGAAGGACGAAGCGUUGGGCGACAGGUUCUGGGCACUUUGUCAGUUGACGGCGGCGGAGAUCCUAGGCGAGCACGUUGCUUGAGUUUAUCGGGAUGAUUCUGGGGCAUAUGUGAUCUGGUGCAGAGAAUGUAGAAGAAUAAUGUAUUUUUAUGACAUUGUGCCGCGCAAUCGAGGGGUCGUUCAAG